AUGGACCAGGUGGAAGGGGCUCUUUCCGAAGGCCAGGAAGCUGCGGAUUGCUCGUUGUUACUUCGGGGAACUGCUAUCUACACCGGAUGUUGCACAGUGGCGGUGAGCUCCUAUCGUCGACUUCGGGGAGAGGAGCCGGAAAUUCUACACCUAACACAGAAAGAGCUGAAGAACAGUCUGAUGCGGAUGGUUCAGUGGGAAGCAUAUCCCGAAGAAAUGAUCACGUUGUCAACGGGACGAACCGACCUGGCAAAGUCUAGCAGUCUUUUCAAGAAGUCGCCUGCUGUGGAUGAGUUCGGAGUGCUACGGAUUGAUGGCAGAAUUGGAGCUGCCCCGCAUACUCAAUUCGACACAAGGUAUCCAGUGAUCCUCCCGAGAAAACAUCUGGUUACCGAGCUGAUCGUGGACGACUACGUAAACGGUGUACCAUCAGUGCGAAGCUCCGGUCACCAUCGAUUCGGUUACACCAGACCGGAACAGCGACGGUGGGCCCGGGCGCACCAAAGCUGCGCAGGAAAGCAUCAAUCACCGAUUGCCAUUUCAACCAGUAAGGCCAUUUCACUAUACAUGCCUGCGAUCGAGAUAGUCGGAUACAACAAUCUUCUCCCGGGACCGAUCACAGUGCAUAACAACGGACACUCGGUUUCGCUUGGCAUUCCCAAAACCGAUAAGGGCCAGCACCCUUACGUGUUCGGAGGCAAAAUGCUGAACCACUACGAACUGGAGGGUUUGCAUUUUCACUGGGGUGAUAAGAACAACCGUGGUUCGGAGCACGUUCUGAACGAUGUCAGAUAUCCCCUUGAAAUGCACAUUAUUCAUCGCAAUAAAAAGUACAAAACAGUCGGCGAAGCACUCGGUUACUCGGACGGCCUGACGGUGCUGGGAUUUUUCUAUCAGGUUACCGAACACGAGAGCCCGGAGAUUGCGCACCUGCUGAGGGCCUUCCCACUGAUUGAAGAAUUUGACAAUCAGGUUGAGCUGAAUUUUACCUUCACGCUGAAUUCGAUCCUCGGCAACGUGGAUCUGACACGGUUCUACACCUACAAGGGUUCGCUGACGACGCCACCCUGCUCGGAAGCCGUCACCUGGGUACUGUUUCCGGACCUGCUCAGUAUUUCGAUCAUGCAAAUUCGGCGCUUCCGACUGCUCGACACCAGCCUGCAGGGAGUUCCGAUGGUGGAUAACUAUCGGGCGCUGCAGCCGAUCGGUAAUCGAUACGUUUUCGUUCGGAAAUUGAACGCACGCAACACGGCAUUGGAUAUGCUUCGGAAUGAAAUCGACUAUACGCGGUGGGAUUGGGUCCACUGA